AUGCCGGGAAGAUUGAAUGGUGUUAUCAUUUGUGAUACAGCAACAAAGAAAGCAAAAGCACUGGGAAUAAUUAAGAAGAAAAAUACUUUAUUCGUGGCUGAAGUAAAGGGUCACAUUGAUGAAAAAUACAUUAAUGAUUACAUAAACUUUUUACCGAUAAUAAGAAACUUAGAUAUUAUCACAGAUGAAAAAACAAUUGGCAGUUUUAUGUAUAAUUACAUGAAAUCAAACAAUCUACCAGUUGACCAGAAACAGAGGAAAUUAACUCAGUUAGCAUCAACACACAACCAAUAUCAACCAUUUUCUUCUUAUUAUCUUUGGUAUCUAAUAGACAGAUUUCAUUUUAUCAUUGAUGACAUUCAAUCAAUUUUAACAUUUACGAAAAACACUUGUUUUAAUGAAUUUGCGAACAAAUUUAUGAACGAAAGACAAAAGGCUGAAUUAGAAGGAAAUAAAGGAAAAAGUUUAUUUUGCAAGAUUUCACUUAAUGGAUCAUAUGGUUACGAUGCAAUGAAUACACAAAAUUACGCAAAGACUAAAAUAAUGAAUGCACAGAAGGCACGCGUUGCAUGUAUGUCAAAUAAGUUUAAAAACAUAAGAGAAAUAGGUGAAGAUACAUAUCAAGUGAUGCUUAAAGAUAGAUUUUAUAGAUGUGAUACAUGUUUACAAGAGGCAUUCUUCACUUUAGAUAAUGCUAAAUACUGGUAUUUGGUUUUCAUUUAUGAUUUUAUGUAUAAAUGCAUGGAUGUUAAUCGUUUUCAUUUCAUUGAAGGUGAUACUGAUUCAUCUUAUUGGGCAAUCGCUGGCGACCCAAAUCUUCCUAACACUCAAGCAUUUCAAGCAAUUGUUACCGAUAAACAAUUUUAUGAUAAAAACAUUUUCAAAUUCGCACCUUUUGAUUUCUUCUGUUUUGAUGAGAAAUUUAAACCUAAAUUAAAGAAUAAAGCUGAAGAAAAAGCACAUGAGAAGAAGUUAUUGGGUUUAGCAAUUGAGAAACAAGGUGAUAACAUGGUUGCUUUAUGUCCUAAGUGUUAUACAUCAUUCAA